AUGUGGCUCCUGGACCCGUCCCGGAAAGAGGUACUGAGGUUUGCAGUCAGCUGCCGGGUCCUGACUCUAGUGCUGCAGGCCCUGUUCAAUGCCAUCAUCCCAGAUCACCAUGCAGAAGCCUUCUCACCUCCUCGUCUGGCUCCAUCCAGCUCUGUGGACCAGCUUGUGGAAGUUCUUCUGGGUGGCCUGUCUCACUGGGAUGCUGAGCACUUCCUGUUCAUCGCUGAGCAUGGCUAUCUGUAUGAACACAACUUUGCCUUCUUCCCUGGUUUUCCCCUGUCCCUGCUGGUGGGGACUGAACUACUACUAAGACCCCUGCGGGGGUUACUGAGCCUGCGGAGUUGCUUGCUAAUUUCAGUAGCAUUGCUCAACUCCUUGUUCUCCGUGCUGGCAGCAGUGGCACUUCACGACCUGAGCUGUCUGGUUCUGCAUAGUCCCCGCCAGGCCUUCUACACAGCACUACUCUUCUGCCUUAGCCCUGCCAAUGUGUUCCUCGCAGCUGGUUACUCAGAAGCUCUGUUUGCCCUCCUGACAUUCACCGCAAUGGGGCAGUUGGAGAAGGGCCGAGGUUGGACUAGUGGACUCCUCUUUGCCUUUGCCACUGGUGUACGAUCCAAUGGGCUGGUCAAUGUUGGGUUCCUUGUGUAUGCCCAGUGCAGAAGCUUUUUUUCUUCUCUCAAGAUGGAGAAUCCCUUGAAGCAGCUCAUUAAGCUGAUAGCCUCUGUGUUCCUGUCAGUGCUCACACUUGGCCUUCCCUUUGUCCUCUUUCAGUAUUAUGCCUAUACCCAGUUUUGUCUACCAGACUCCUCAUCCCAGCCCAUACCUAAACCCUUGCUCCAGUUAGCUGUGGAUAAGGGCUACCGUAUUGCAGAUGGAAAUAAGCCACCUUGGUGCUCCUGGAACCGUCCCCUAAUAUACAGCUAUAUCCAGGAUGUCUACUGGAAUGUUGGCUUUUUGAGAUACUAUGAACUCAAGCAGGUGCCAAAUUUUCUACUGGCUGCACCAGUAGCUAUACUGGUUACCUGGGCAACUUGGACAUAUGUGACCACCCACCCUUGGUUCUGUCUUACACUUGGGCUACAAAGAAACAAGAGCAAUCAGACCCUAGAGAAACCUGAUCCUGGGUUCCUCAGUCCUCAGGUGUUUGUAUACCUGGUCCAUGCUUCAGUGCUGCUGCUGUUUGGAGUUCUGUGCAUGCAUGUUCAGGUUCUCACCAGGUUUUUGGGAUCCUCCACUCCUAUUGUAUACUGGUUUCCAGCUCACCUGCUUCAGAAUCAAGAGCCAUUGCUGAGGUCCCUAGAGACUGUACCUUGGAAGCCUCUUGCAGGGAACUCUCCACCAGGACAAAAGGUCCCCAGAAAUCCUAUCAAGGGACUUUUGUACAACUGGAAAACCUGUUCUCCAGUCACACGAUACAUCUUAGGCUACUUCCUGAUUUACUGGCUCAUGGGACUACUCCUGCAUUGCAACUUCCUGCCUUGGACAUGA